AUGGGUAAGGACGAGAAAGAAGACUCCGGGUUCGGGUUCAAAGACAAGGCGAAGGCGGUGGAGACGCUGCGCCUUCUGGAGCAACAUGACCCCAACUACCGGCGGCUCACCGUCCGGGGACUGCUGGGACGGGCCAAGCGGGUGCUCUCCAUGACAAAAGCAGAAGACAAGAUAAAGAACAUUAAGGAAGCGAUGGAGGUGUUCGAGCAGUGGCUCGCGGACCUCGACGCCAACAAGAAGACUGACAAGCCGGACAAGAAGGAGGAGAAGAAGAAGGAAGAGAAGAAAGAGACAAAAGAGGAGAAGGAGAAGAGUGGCAGUGAUGAGAAAGAGAAGAAGGAGCUCCCCUCAGAGUCGGUGCCGGGGCUGGGCUUCAAGGACAAGGAGGCCGCCGAGGGCACGCUCAAGGAGUUGGAGGGGAGGGAUCCUGACUACCAGCGCCUGGCGGUCAAGGGGCUCAUAGGACGAGCCAAGAGGGUGCUCACUUGCACUCGAGAUGAGACAAAGAUAGCUAACAUUAAAGAAGCGAUGGCAAUAUUCGAGAAGUUCCUCGAUGACUUCGAGUCGCUCCACCUGAGCAAGCAGAACAACCCUUACGUGUCGCUCGGACACGUCAGGACCGCGGAGAAACUUGCCGGAGACACUGUCACUGAACUACAGCACGCAGAUGCGAAACUGUUCACUGAGAAGGACGAGCCCACAGCAGAGCAUCUGGAGAUGUUACUGUGGGCGUACUCCCCCGACCCCGCCAGGGUGAAGAAAUACUUGCCGGAGACCAAGGAGGAGAGGAAGCGGCGGAGUAGCGGGCGGGAGGACGACUCGCCCUCCAAGAGGACUAAGCAAUAA